AGGAAACAAAAGGAGAAGCACUGACAGCAUCACCUGGAAUCUGCAGCUGUCUCUCUGGCUGAGAAACCAGUUCAAGCCAGAGGAAGGUCUAAGUGGCAGAACUGGGAUGUGAAGCUGUUCCUCCAGCUUCUCCGGGCCCCCAGGGACUUGCACAUGAACACUCCUGCCUGCUGCCACAGCGUGGAGCGAGAGGAACCGCAGGCGACCCUCUGCCAGCAACGUAAGCUUCCCAACACAGGAAACACACGAGAUUUCAUCACUUCUCAACAGCCCACUACGGAAGGUGGAAAAGACAAAAUGCAAGUGAAAGCCACAAACAACUUCAGCUACGCUGGCAACGGCAACAACUGCAGCAGCGAUAACAAAAUCAGUCAGGUCAUCUUUCCUUUGCUUUACACACUUCUCUUCCUGGUGGGUCUCACUAUGAAUGGCCUGGCAACAUGGAUCUUCUUUAAAAUAUCCAGUAAAUCCAAUUUCAUCAUCUUCCUCAAGAACACUGUAAUUUCUGACAUCCUCAUGAUCUUGACUUUUCCAUUUAAAAUCCUUAGCGAUGCAAAGUUGGUACCGUGGGUGCUGAGAGGAUUUGUGUGCCAGGUCACCCAGGUCAUAUUUUACUUCACCAUGUACAUUAGCAUUAUGUUUCUUGGGCUAAUAACCAUCGAUCGCUAUCAAAAAGCCACUUCACCAUUCAGAACGUCAACCACAAAAAGCCUUUUUGGUGCCAAGAUCCUGUCCACAGCAAUCUGGAUAGCAAUGUUUACUCUUUCAUUACCCAACAUGAUUCUAACAAACAAGGAAAAAACAGCUGUGAAUGUGAAAAAGUGUGCUCUCCUGAAAUCUGACUUUGGCUUAGUCUGGCAUGAAAUCGUAAACUAUAUUUGCCAAUUUAUCUUCUGGGUUAAUUUAGCAGUCAUAGUUGUAUGCUACAUGCUCAUAAGUAAGGAACUGUACAAAUCCUACAAAAGGACAAGAUGCACAGGAAAAGCAUCUAAAAAAAAUGUAAAUCUGAAGGUUUUUAUCAUAAUUGCAGUGUUUUUUAUUUGUUUUGUGCCAUUCCACUUCACUAGAAUUCCUUACACUUUGAGCCAAACAAGAGACGUUUUUGAAUGUUCUGCUCAGAACACUUUGUUUUACUUAAAAGAGACCACGCUGUGGCUGACAUCACUAAAUGCUUGCCUAGAUCCAUUCAUUUACUUUUUCCUUUGCAAAUCAUUUAGAAAAUCCUUGCUAGACACGCUACGCAAACACACAGAAUCGCCAGAACUCCGAGCACAGAUGGCAGUGCAGAAUGAAGCAGACGACACAGACGAGACACCACUCUAGCACCAUGCAGGGACACUAACCAUGUCCCUGCUUGGC